ACCACACUCGCCCCCUUGGGUGCAGUCUAAGCUAGCAGCCCAUCACGUCCAACUUCUCCUGCCGUCAGCUCGUCUGGAAAUUAGCUGUGAUGACGGCAGCAAGAGCCCGAGCCCCUCUGAGGGCUGAGGUUCGGACAACAUGCAGAGGAGGAACCUCAGGUGCAGAGAAAGGGCACCGCUGCUCAAGGUUCCAUGAGCAGCGGGCACACGUUUAUAGGAACAGCUGUUCCCACCAGAGUGAGAGCUCUGACCCCAAUCAACACCCUCGAAAGCUUGCAGGUGAUGGCAAGAGUGGGAGGAGACUGUGCCCAAGGACCCCGGGGCCCGGAGGAGGCAGGAAGCCCCCUGGGGCUUGUUCCCAGGAAUGCGGGCUGGAUGGUGAUGCUGUAAAGAGAGACGCCCCUGAAGGGGGGCUGUGAUGGGGGGAACCCACACUCCGGGGCAGGGGAGGAGUCAGUUUCCUUCCUGAUUCCCUGAAUGUCUCUUCUGGGCUCUCUGCAACGUGGACUCAAUGAGCCCAGAGAGAUGUUGACCUGUGUCUCUGGGGAUCUGAGCCCUGCGGGCAGCAGGAGCCGGCAUCCACCCAGAAGCAUCUCCAGGGCCUGGUGACCCGGCCAGGGUGAGGACCCCAUGGGGACCUGCUGAUGGACGGGCAGAGGAGGAAGCAGACCCUGAGGUGAGGCUCUCAGAGGGAAGGAGCCUGGCCGUCCUCAUCUGGAAGUGGCGUCUCAGGAACACACUUGGACUGUCACGGGGACGACGCCAGGCUUUCAACAAGACGCUGUUCCCCUUCCUGCGGGGACGCUGAUGUGACAACCGUGUGACAGGAAGCCCCAGCCCCGGAGAGGACACACCCUGUGGUCUGUUGUCCAGAGGGCACCCAGGUCUCCUCCAUCCUCACGGCCUGGACCGCAGGGAGGAGACACCAUGGCCCCCACCCUCCCCGCCCUGCUCUGCCUCGGGCUGAGUGUGGGCCUGAGGACCCAGGUGCAGGCUGGGGCUCCCCCCAAACCCACCAUCUGGGCUGAGCCGGGCUCUGUGGUCCCCUGGGGGAGCCCCGUGACCAUCUGGUGUCAGGGGACCCUAGGGGCCCAGGCGUUCCGUCUGGAUAAAGAGGGAAGCUCAGUCCCCUGGGACAGACAGAAAUCCCUGGAGCCCCGGGACAAGGCCAAGUUCUCCAUCUCACUGAUGACUGAUCAGUAUGCAGGGCGCUAUCGGUGCUACUACAGAACCCCCACUGCCUGGUCGGAUCGCAGUGACCCCCUGGAGCUGGUGGUGACAGGAUCCUUCGGCAAACCGCGCCUCUCAGCCCUGCCGAGCCCUGUGGUGACCUCGGGAGGAAACGUGACCCUGCAGUGUGGCUCCUAUCAGGGAUUUAACAGGUUCCUUCUGACCAAGGAAGGAGAAGACCAGUCCUCUCGGACUCUGGAUGGACAGCGGAGCCCCGACGGGCAGACCCAGGCCCUGUUCCCCGUGGGCCCCGUGAGCCCCGGACACGGGUGGACAUUCAGAUGCUAUGGCUUUAACAGGGACACCCCCCGGGUGUGGUCGGCCCCCAGCGACCCCCUGGAGCUCCUGGUCUCAGGGCUGUCUGGGAAGCCGUCCCUCCUGACCCUGCAGGGCCCUGUCGUCACCUCUGGACAGAACCUGACCCUGCAGUGUCGCUCUGAUGUCGGCUACGCCAGAUUCGCUCUGUCCAAGGAGGGGGGCCGGGACCUCCCCCAGCGCCCUGCCCGGAGGGCCCAGGGGGGGCUCUCUCAGGCCGACUUCCCCCUGGGCCCGGUGGGCACCAUCCACGGCGGCCGGUACAGAUGCUACGGUGGACACGGCCUCUCCUCCGAGUGGUCAGCCCCCAGCGACCCCCUGGAGCUUCUGGUGGCAGGAGAGGGGCCAGCGGGAGGGGGCAGCCCAUCGGCCCCUGCGUCUGCGCGCCCAGGACCAAGGCGGGCGGUUCCGGGCCGAGUUCUCCUUGAGUCCUGUGAGCUCGGCCCACGGGGGCACCUACAGGUGCUACCGCGCACUCAGCACAGACCCCCACCUGCUGUCCCGGCCCAGCGAGCCCCUGGCGCUCCUGGUCUCAGACUACACGGUGCAGAAUCUCAUCCGGAUGGGCGCCGCCGCCUCGGUCCUGGUGCUCCUCGGGGUCCUGCUCUGCCAGGCUCGGCACGACCGGGGAGGAGCCUGAGACGCGGCCCGGAGCUGAGCACCGGGACCUCGCAUCGCAAGGAGCGCCACAGCCCCCGACGCGAGCUUCCGGCUCCGGAAAGAGCCUCUGCCGCACGUACUGGGUGCGCUGUCUGCGGAGACCCCGGGGGAGAGACGCGCCGCGGGGGCGGCUGGAGGCCCGGUGUCCACGGGGUGGCUGGGGACUCGGCCUCUGCUCACGGGGGCCCCCUCCCUCCCGGGGAGGAGCCCCGACUCCCGGCUCCUCCACCCCUGGCCCGAGGCGCAUCCCAAUGGCAGGGGCGGGUCCUCACCCUGCAGGCCCGCAGGCUGUGUCCGCUCUCCUGGAGGACGUGAGCCUCAUUGUUCAUGCCCGCCGUCUCUGGUGUGCGAAAUGACCUCCAUCCCUUCUCAGAAACAGAACAUCAUUUAAGUAACUGAAUAAAUGGGUGUAAGUGGGGCCCCGUCUGGAACAGAUGGAUCCAGAACUAUUCCCUGAACCCCCGGACCCCUCACCCCUCCUCUCCUCGUCAGAUGACACCCGUGUGGUUUCUCAAGAAACACUUUCAGUGUGAUGGGAUCCCUGGCGUCUGAAGUGACGGUCAGGGCUGUGCUGGUAAAUGAGCUCAGGAACAUAUCGUUCUGUAAAGAGCGCCGAUGUGGGGUUUCCCUGGUGGUGAAGAAUCUGGCAGCCAACGCAGGAGACGCAGGUUCAAUACGUGAUCCUGGGGGAUCCCACGUGCCAAGGAGCAACUGAGUCUGUGAGCCGCAGUGACUGAGGCAGGCACGUCCUGUAGCCCGUAUGCCGCCAGAGAGGCCAGGGCUGUAGAUGCCCUAACGCCUCAGCGAGGGAGCAGCCCCGCUCAUCACAACCAGACACACCCCCAUGCACACAGACGCAGCACAGACACACUCAUCAGGCAAUAAAUUCUUAA